GUCAAGUGCUGUCAUUUCAAUUUGUCAUUCCCAUUGUUUAUAUCAGCGACACGGACUCGGUGGCCCUAUUUUGACCUUAUGUACUUCACAUUUUUUGUUAAUAAAUGUAUUUGCCUCUUUACAAUGAAUCCGAAAAGAAGUAUUACAUUAAAGUACCAUCGAAAUUGUGCUUCUCCGCAGUAUCGGUGCCGCUAUUUGCCUUCAUAACUUGUGUUGUGAUAACAAUGUACAAAGAUUUUGAAAGCGCCAAUAAUACACACUGUAAAGUUCCCAACAUUUUUCCAUCAAUAUCAGCAUCCAUAGGAAAUUAUGAACCCCAAAGCACAAUAUGGAAAACAGCCAUUUAUGUGCAUGCACCUAUUCGUUUCUAUAUACUGUAUCUAAGAUGGAACUAUUAUCAAAGUAUUAUAAUGGAAAGCUGUGUUGGUUUAGUUAAUGUGGCAGUAUUUUUAAAUAUCAUAGAAAACUUAGCUUUAUUAGGACUAACACAUUGGACAUCAUCAAGGAACUACCCUUACCAUGAAGUUUGUUUUAAAACAUUCAUUGGAACAUCAGUGUUCUAUAUGCUCCUAACAUGUAUAAUGCUUUCAAAGUUACGGAGAAGACCAAAUAUUACAUACAGAGAAAGGCAUUCAGUAAAGUUAAAAUGGAGAGCUUUUGUUGUGAAUGUAGCAUCAUUUUCUGCUGCCGCCUACUUCUUCCUUAGACAUAACAGGCUGUGUGAACCAUAUGUUUAUUCCCUGUUUGGUUUGUCAGAGUACAUAGUGGUGAUCAGUAAUAUUGUCUUCCACUUGACAACUGCCUAUGAUCUUCAAAUAAAUUUCAUAUGUUUAACCAGUAAAGGGAUUAUCACUGAAUGACGUCCAGGAAUGUUUGCCAAAAAUAUUUUUAAGCAUAGUACAUAUUUUGUCCAUCCAUUGAAAACAUAUUUCUCUAAGUUUUGGGGUAAGGAUAAUAUUAUAUAGAAUGCUAAAACAUAUAAAUACAAAUAUACAAAUGUAAAAAUAUACGCAAUUCAUUUAAACAAUGUUAUAACUGCUACUUUUAGUGACUUUAAAUUAGCACCCAAAGUUACACAUUAUUUAAUUUAUCCUUAUGUAGGUAUGUGCAUACUUAUGCAAUUUAAGUAAAAAUAUAAUUUAAAUAUUGAUAAUUAAUUUAUAUAUUUAUUAACAAUAGUAUAAGUUAAAAAAACAUAACAAAAUCUUAAAUAAAUACAUUCAGAUCA